AUGGAUGAUCAUUCUCAUCUCUACAUUGGAACUGCCUUCGUCGCAGGUGUUCUUCUUACCAUUGGAUUCAAGGAUCUGGUGUACCCCGAGAUAGAACAGCGCAUCCAUGAAUAUCAAGCCCGUCGUCAAUCCCAGCCCGCGACAGACUCCGAGGACCUCCUCUCAACCGAGGACCUCUCCACCGAGACUCUCGCCGCAAGACCAGGUCCACCGGCCAUCGUCGAGGGCAUUGAAGGUUGCAUCGGGAAUACUCCCCUCUUUCGUAUCAAAUCCUUAUCCGAUGCGACGGGCUGCGAGAUAUUAGGCAAGGCCGAAUUUCUGAAUGGAGCUGGGCAGAGCUCUAAAGACCGGGUCGCGCUGAGCAUGAUCCAAAUUGCUGAAGAGCACGGAUUCCUAAGACCUCAUUCCGGGGACACCAUCUACGAAGGCACUUCUGGUUCCACGGGAAUCUCCCUAGCCUCUUUGGCACGAGCCAAGGGUUACCUGGCCCAUAUCUGCAUGCCAUCCGACCAGGCUAUUGAGAAGUCGAAUCUGUUGUUGAAGCUGGGGGCGAUAGUGGACCGCGUGCCACCGGCCCCCAUUGUCGAAAAAGAUAAUUUCGUCAAUCGCGCACGCUCGCUUGCCCAGGAACAAACUGCAUCCUCCACCGCUAGCGGAAGAGGAUUCUUUGCCGACCAAUUCGAGAAUGAAGCCAAUUGGCGAGCCCACUACAACGGCACAGGGCCCGAGAUUUAUGCUCAGUGUAACGGAAAAUUAGACGCCUUUAUUGCUGGAGCGGGCACAGGUGGCACCAUCUCCGGUGUGGCACUUUUCCUGAAGCCGCGCAUCCCCAAUCUCAGUGUGGUCCUAGCCGAUCCACAAGGCAGUGGGCUGUACAACAGAGUCCGUUACGGGGUCAUGUUCGACCUCAAAGAAAGAGAAGGCACCAGGCGACGUAGACAGGUGGACACCAUUGUCGAGGGCAUCGGGAUCAACCGAGUGACAGCUAACUUCGAAGCGGGCAAGGAGCUGGUCAACGACGCUGUUCGGGUGACCGAUGCACAGGCCUUGGCAAUGGCUAGAUGGCUUGUAGAGAAGGACGGUUUGUUCGUGGGUAGUAGCAGUGCCGUAAACUGCUUCGCUGCCGUCAAGACAGCAAUGAAGCUUGGCCCCGGCCACAGAAUUGUGACGGUUCUGUCCGACUCAGGGUCACGCCAUCUCUCACGGUUCUGGGCGAAGGCAGGAGACGUCGGGGGCGCGGUUGAUACCAAGCUUGAAGAUGUGUUAAAUGCCACGGAUGCCACGGAUGAGGAGUAA